AUGGCCUCAUGGCUAUGGAAUCUGCUAACCACGCGACUACUUCUACUAUCGUUAGCGAUAAACACGACGUUUGGUCAAGACUAUAAUAGCAGGGAAAUAUGGAACAGCAAAUACUCUAAAAAGAGGGAUGGGAGCACACUUUUGAAACGACAGCCCAGCACCACAGAGAUAUGCAGGAGAUGGGCGUUACAAACUGCAGUCGUCAAUGGAACGUUAUAUAUUUAUGGUGGACGGAUAUUUAAGGAAUUCAGCCAAUCGUUUUAUACAUGGAGCAAUGAUUUUCUUUCCCUUGAUCUUAAGCGCAAUUGGGAUGUUUCUUCGCCCGGCAUAAGCAAACUGACAACGCCAUCAGGCACGCCAGCCGUCGCCAAUGGGUACUUAUGGAACUCAUAUACAUCACUGUUUCUAUAUGGUGGAAGAUUCUCAGAUAAUUCUACCAGGGUUCCGGAUGAAUUCAGUUUAUGGGAGUUUGACCUGGUUUCUAGACGCUGGAAAGAGCAUCGAGAUCCAAAAACGUCCAAAGGCAAUAAAUCAGAUAAAAAUGAUAAAAUGAUAGAAAGAGUGGCUAACGGGUCAGGUGUUUCUCUUCCGGAUCUGGGAAGAGGCUGGUAUUUCGGAGGGUAUAUUGAUGGCUACACAACGAAAACGCUCCCUAUUGGGGCACCAAGAGUCUAUCUCAAGUCAAUGAUCGAAUACACGUUUCCCGGGUCUGCUAAUGGCCAAGUGGACAUGAAAGGUAAUGCGGUUGCAGGAUCUAGUGGAGUUUGGCGAAAUAUCACUGGAGGGGGUCUCCAAGACUCUGCAAGAUUCAACGAGCGCGCAAAUGGAAUCCUUGUAUACGUUCCUGGAUUUGGUAAAGAGGGAAUCCUCCUAGGGUUUGCGGGGGGUACUAAUACAAGUUCUAUCGCAUUGAAUGUAAUUGACAUAUAUGAUAUUGCAACAUCCACGUGGCAUACUCAAGCCACAAGCGGGAAUACGCCUGGUAUCCGUUUGAACGCCUGUGCUGUAGCGGCCUCUGCCGCUGAUGGCAGUAGUACCCAAGUCUAUCUUUAUGGCGGACAAAGCAUUGGACAACAGCAAAAAGAAUAUGAUGAUAUGUGGAUUUUGACGAUUCCCAGUUUCACCUGGUUAGAAGUGAAUAUGACUGGCCAGUCUAUCCCUUCACCACGUGCCGGGCAUACCUGCAGUAUUUGGAAUUCUCAAAUCAUUGUGACAGGAGGGCAGGGUAGCGACAGUUCAAGCUGUGACACCAAGAAUUGGGUGCAUGUGUUUGAUGCGUCGGAGCUGAAAUGGAGAUAUGAUUAUGUUGCUUUGGACGGUGGAAAUGAUCUGAAUAAACAGAAUUUUCAAAAAAACAAAAAGGGUAGUUUGGGAGGAAGCUAUGGGUAUAAAGUCCCAAACGUAGUGCAAUCUAUUAUCGGUGGGGAUAGCAACGGCAAAGCAACCGUCACAGCACCUGUUAUCCGACCCAAGGGGGGUCCGAUGGCGACUGGCCGACCAACGAUUUAUACCCCAGAAGGCACCGUUCAGGACAACGGCCCCAAUAUGCUUAACAUUGCUGCAAUUGUUGUGGGCGUAAUCGCCGGCUGCUUGGCGAUCCUAACUGCUUACCUGGGAUUUUGCAUUUACGUAUAUCGCAAGCAAAUUGCGCUGUAUAAAAAACACGUCGCUGCCACCCAGCGAGAGUCAAAUGGGGCUCGAUACGGCGAUAAACUGUCAUAUCUUGGUUCAAGAGACAAUCUGGGUACCGCCGACUUCUCAAGGGGCGGGUCCAGCGGCGGGUUGACGGUGGACUAUAUGUAUCGCUCGACAUACACGCCCACUGCGAGCGAGUAUUCGCAAGGGGCAAGGCGUGGAUCUGCGCAUAGUAGUACGGAUGAUUUGAUCUCAGGGCAGGAGCCGACGUUCCUGGGGGUUAUGCUUAACCCAAGAAGAAACCUAAGGGUUAUGAACUUAUAA